CUUCAGAGACGCACGUUUCGUUUUCAGUUUACUUGAUACAACGUACUCUCCAUCGGGUAUUUUCAUGGGUGUGUCCCUGGAGGUCUACCGUUGUCGAAUUGGAUGUUUCGCUCCUAUUGCUCAUCUCCUAUCCACUUCAGUGUCUGAGAAAGUACAGCUCGGCCACACAACCAGCAGGAAUAGGAACGUGAAUGCUCAUACCGCUCCUAAACGUGUGAGAUGUCUUUUCAGCUGUUGCUUCUGUCUCACACUGGCCGCCAUUUUGAUACUACGUUGUGGUGACGUUCACCCACAUCCGGGUCCUCCCACACGUCCUGAAGAGGACGUCCAUUCUACAGUCGACCUCAGCACAGUUCGAGACUGCUCUUCUGGUACUUCCGAUGAUGUGAGUGUUUUAGAGGAUUUGUGUACUCUAUCCUCCCAAGCUGCGUCAAGCAGUGGUGUUUUGCCACAGUGUCCACUUUGUGCUUCUUCCUUCAGAGACAUUGGGUCCCUGUGGCAACAUAUAAAUGCUAGUCAUAUUAGUCGCCAUUUAUUUCCAAGCAGAGCUUUUCUUCAGGGUCAUAAUCGUCGUCUUUGCUGUGAUUGUGGAUUUGCCUAUUCAAAGAGAUUUCAGUGUUGCAGACGUUCUUUGGGAUCAGGAAAUCGCUGUCGUGGCUUGAUGGAGGACCCUGUUUCUUCAUUAUGGCUGAAUGGACAAUCAGACCAAGAUUCACUUUCUUCCUCCUGUGAGAAUUCUCAUAGUGAUCUCCACCAUGACACACACCUGUCAGCUUCUAAUAGGCCUGACCCUUCUUGUGUGGCUUCUUGUCCUGCUGACUUGGAUUUGGUAUUAGAGGGAGUUCAUGCUGCCUCUAUGUUGUCUCCUCCCACGCAAGAUGAAUCUUUAGUAUUCACGUCAGUAAUGAAUGAAAUUGCUUCAUUACGUGUUCAGACAGUUAAGCAUGUGCCACGUUCGACUCGUCCAUUACUUGCUGAAGUUCUUUCUGGUGAAUUCUUACGUGCCUGUGAAAAUGGUAUUUGGGGUUUUGUUCGGCUGUUCAUGUUUGCAAAAGCUGUGUUACGCGUUCCUCCUCGGGGAGGCAGAAAGAAGCGUUUGGUCAUUAAGCAGCUGUUGUUAUCUCGCCUGCGUCAAUGGCAGCAGGGUAACUUGGUCGCACUGUGGACAGCAGCCAGGCAGGAGUGUCAGUCCCGGUCAACCCGUCAAUCAGUCUCUAUUGCCAAAAGUAAUGCUCGUCGUUCACUGAAUUUGGCACGCGAGGGUAGGUUUGGUGAUGCUAUGAAAGUGUUGGGCUCUUGUGGUUGUGCUUCUCGUGAUGACCCAAUGGUGCUAGAUGAACUUAAAUCACGUCACCCAGAACAUGCUUUACCUGAAUGGUCCGAUGAUAUUCCACCUCCAUUAGUUGUGGAUUCUCUUGCAGUUUUAUCAGCCUUAGAAAGUUUUCCCAGAGGUUCCAGUCCUGGUUUUUCUCAGCUUCGGGCUCAACAUCUUUUAGAUAUUAUGAAAGGAGCAUAUGUCCCAGAUGCUCAGUUGUGCCUUGCAAAUCUUUCAAGAUUCAUGACAAAGCUUUUGGCGGGUAAGUGUGAUCCAAGAAUCGCACCUUGGUUGUCUGGAGCACCACUGACUGCCCUCUUAAAGAAAUCAGGAGGUUUUCGGCCAAUUGCAGUUGGAGAAGUACUCCGGCGCCUGGCAAGUAAACUCUGUUGUGCUUCUGUGAAAGACCGCCUUCCAGACGUCUUUUUGCCAACUGGCCAAGUAGGAGUGGGUAUUAGAAGUGGUAUGGAAUCAGCUAUUCACACCACACAAUCGUUUCUUGAUGCUAACUGGGAUAAAGAAGACUUCUGUUGCUUGAAAAUUGACAUGACUAAUGCUUUUAAUGAGUGCUCCAGACCAGCCUUUCUUUCACGUUUGCGGAGAGAAUUUCCAGAAUUAUUUGCAUGGGCUCAGUGGUCCUACCACGUGCCUAGUGAGAUGCGUUACGGUAGGCAUCAAAUCUUAUCUACAGCUGGUGUCCAACAGGGAGAUCCCUUGAGCCCUCUUCUGUUCUCACUUGUGAUUCUGGAAUUAUUGGAUUCUAUUGGCGCUAUUUCGAACCUACACCUUCAAAUUUGGUAUUUGGAUGAUGGGACAUUUUUCGGCUCGAGAGAGUCUGUAUCUUCUUUAUUACAAAGUGUUUCGGAAAAGGGUCCCAGUUAUGGCUUACAUGUCAACUUAAAUAAAUGUGAACUAUACUGGCCGUCUGGAGACCAAGCUUUUCCCUUGUUUCCCAGUCAAGUCAGACGUUUGUCAGAAGGGGUUGAGUUGCUAGGAUCACCAGUCCAUGGCUCUUUAGACUUUUUCAGAUCAUCUAUAUCCAAACGUGUUGAUAAAGUCUUGGAGUCUCAAACGCUUCUGAGUAACCUUGAGGAUCCACAAGUUGAAUUGCAUUUGCUACGGAGCUGUCAGAGUAUCUGUAAAAUCAAUCAUUUGUUACGUACUGUGACUCCUGCUUUGUUGACAGACCAAUUACGCCGUUUCGAUGUCGGCUUACGUCGAUCUUUGGAAAUCAUCUGUCGAUCCUCCAUUACAGACACAGCAUGGUUGCAGGCUACACUACCUGUACGACUUGGGGGUCUCGGUUUGAGAGAAGCAGUCAAGUCUGCACCAGCUGCAUACGAAAGCUUGUAA